CAACCCCCCAGCCCACUGAGCGCCGACUGCUUUGGUUAUUUCAUAGCGCUGCUGUAAACUCUCAAUCUGAGCUGGAAAAACACAGGCGCUAAAAUCCCACCGAGUCGACGUUUGGGGGCUUUUUUCUCCACCGCCUGCUCCGGCUUCUAUCUGGUCGCUUCUCUCGUUAAGUUGCUACGAGGACACGGAGAGGCUGAAGUGACAUUAAACGUUACGUUAAUUCAUUCAACCACAACAACAAUGGCAGCACAGGAUUUUAAUUUCUUGCUUGCGACGGAUUCUUACAAGAUCACACACUACAAACAGUAUCCUCCAAAUGUCAGCAAAAUCUACUCCUACUUUGAAUGCCGACGGAAGAAAGGUUCCCAGUUCAGUGAAGUGGUGUUCUUCGGUCUUCAGUACCUGCUGAAGAAGUACCUCACAGGCCCGGUGAUCACAGAGGAGAAGAUUCAGGAAGCCAAGCUCUUCUACCAGAUGCACUUCAAACAGGCUGUGUUCGAUGAGGAAGGCUGGAGGAAAGUCCUUGAGAAACAUGACGGCCGUCUUCCUAUCCGGAUCAAAGCUGUCCCUGAGGGUAGGAUCAUACCGAGAGGCAACGUGCUCUUCACUGUGGAAAACACAGAUCCCAGCUUCUACUGGCUCACCAACUACAUUGAGACCAUGCUAGUCCAGAUGUGGUAUCCCAUAACGGUAGCUACCAUAUCCAGGGAGUUUAAGAAGAUCCUGGCCAAGCACCUGAAGGCCACCUCAGGGAGCCUGGAAGGCCUGGACCUAAAACUGCAUGACUUUGGUUACAGAGGAGUCUCCUCACAGGAGUCUGCAGCGUUAGGUGGAGCCGCUCACCUGGUUAACUUCUGCAGUACGGACACGGUAGCUGGGCUGCUGAUGGCUCAGCGAUACUAUGGCUGCCCCAUGGCUGGCUUCUCCAUUCCAGCAGCAGAGCACAGUACCAUCAUCUCCUGGGGGAGAAGCAAGGAGAAGGAGGCAUUUGAGCGAGUCUUGGACCAGUUCUCCUCAGGGCCGGUGUCAGUUGUCAGUGACAGCUACGACAUCUUUAAUGCCUGCAAACACAUCUGGGGAGACAAGCUGAAGGAGCGAGUCAUGGAGCGCAGCCAGGACUCAUGUCUGGUCAUCCGGCCGGAUUCCGGAGACCCUGCAGAGACUCUUAUUGAGGUCAUCAAGAUCUUGGAGGAGUGUUUUGGCUCUUCCCUCAACUCUGUGGGAUACAAGGUCCUGCCUUCUUACCUACGAAUCAUUCAAGGAGACGGCAUUGACCUCCACUCAGUGGAAGAGAUUCUUGAGAAGCUGAGUGAUGAAGGCUGGAGUGCUGAGAACGUCUUCUUUGGUUGUGGCAGCGCUUUGCUACAGAAACUCAACAGAGAUACACUCAGCUGUGCCUUCAAGUGCAGCUAUGUGGAGAGUAACGGCAAGGGGAUGGACGUGUACAAGCAGCCGGUGACCGACCCAUCCAAGGGGUCAAAGAAGGGUCGAUUAUCAUUGAGGAGGAACUCUGAUGGCUUCUUAGAGACAGUAGAGAGAGGGGCAGGCAAGCCUGAGGAGGACCUGCUUGUGACCGUUUUUGAGAACGGCAGCCUGGUGAAGGACUACUCCCUGGAGGAGAUCAGGAAGAACGCUCGGCUGAGAGACGAGGAGAUGAACCCCACACUGCACAACCACGAACCGGAGCUGCUGCACAAUCACAUCAUCAACGGGAUUCAUUAGAUCAAGCACAAAGCCUCUCACAAUGCAUAUGGUACUUCAGUAUUUAACAGGUGCACUGGGUUGAAGACUGCGGUGUUAUAAACUUGCAGAACGGGAAUGAAAAGCAGUUUCUCAAAGCAGCUGCCACCAAGCACUACCACCCACACUUCACCCUGAGGAGGCCAGUGAUAAUAUUGUUUUCAGGUGGAUCCGCUUCAUUCACGUUGUCUUCUGGCCAAACACUCAGCCAGAGCACAGAAUACGAGGUGCACACAUUGCCCCGCAGACAUUCAGCUCAGGAUCAAAUACGAUAAGCUAGGUAAAUCCAGAAAUUAAAGCGAUAAAACAAUAAAGUUACACAUCCUGAGUUUGAGCUUGCUGCUGGACACUUCCGAGCUUCCAUCAGAUUUCUAUUUCUUAUGUUUUUAUUGAAGGGGAAAGCCUUUGAAACAGCAUUUUAGACCACAAGACACCAGCUUAUACCAAAAUAUGAACGGUAACAGUAUUACUGAUUAGUAAUAGUGCUACAUCAUCAGGUAUGGGUUGCUCUGAGUGCUUGAUAUAAAGUAUUUCAAAUCAUUGACAGUAGGGAUGCCCAGAUCAAUCAGCCGGCUGAUAUUCAGCAAAAACGUGCUCUGAAUAUUAUUGCUCGAUCAGGUUUGUUGCGUUUUUUGCAUCGGUUAUCACAAAUGCAAAAAACUUGAUUUGCAGUUGUUAGUUUUUUUUGUUUUUUUUACUUAAAUUCAAUUUUCAAUUCAAUUCAAUUCAAUUUUAUUUGUAUAGCGCCAAUUCAUAACAGAAGUUAUCUCAGGACACUUUUCAAAUAGAGCAGGUCUAGACCGAACUCUUUAAAACACUUAAACCGAUCGGUUUGAUCCAAUUGUCAGCUAAGUGGAGCUGUUUCAUAUGUCUUAUGUGAGUUACAGUCUAUGCCUUUUACACAUGUAGCACACAACCAGAGAUUGUCUGUCAGACUUGUUCUCACCUGUUGGAAAUAUGCCAUUAGGUUUAGGUGAGGGGUGGCGCUUGGGUAUGACUGCACGCUUUACUCUGUCUCACUGCUUCCAUUUUUGAAAUGGAAACAGCAUAAAAACCCCAUUUAAACACUCUCCAGUACUCCAUUAUUUGCAUUACUAACCUCAUAGUUAACAAAAAAUGCAAACAGCAUUUUUAUAUAGUUGUUCACAAAUGCCAAACAACAAAUGAAGGUGUCAAACCUGCUCACUUAUCAGCCGCGUGUUUGUGGGAACCUUUGACCUUUGCCUUUAUUUUGCAAACAAAAUACAUUUUUAGAAACACAAUUGUGUUUUACUUUUAAUCGUAUAUGAGGAGGUAGUUUCAAUUUAUAUGAAACAACGGGAAAAAUUAUUUAAAAAAACAAUAAUCUUGACGGCCUCUCCUGCGUGCGGCUGAGAGCUCAGCAGGUCACUGUGCCACAUGGUGGAGAUCCCAAUACACUACAAAGCAGUGCUACUGCUAUACCAGCUGCUAUAACAAAACAAAAACACCAUCCACAUCGGCCAAUAAGGCUCAUAUCAGCGGCAAAAACAAAACAUGAUUGGGGCAUUCCUAGUUGUCAGCAGAACACAUUGCUCCAGCCCUACUUUCUGCCCUUUGGUUUGUGUUUGCGUGUAGGAAGCGUGAUUUAUAAAUGAAGACAUCACCACACUGACCAAUAGUGCUCACUAUAUAAAGCUGAUUGUGCUGCACUGCAACAGUUUGGACAAAGAAAAUGAAGUCAGUGAAGCCAUCAAUAAACAAACAAAAAAGACAUCAUGAAAGAAAUAAUCAGAUGAAUAAAUUGUGUAAAUGAUAUACAUGAACAAACAAUUUGUGAAAUUGAAGUUAUUGAAAUUGAACUUGUCAUUAUAAUAAUUUUAUUGGCUAUUAUUUUUUGGAUAUGUGUAUAUUUUUUAUUUCAUGAUAGACCGUAACCUUCUUCAAAAUUCAGCUUUUAUUUCAUGAUAUCACUUUCCAUGACAGUAGCAUUGUCAAUGGUCACUUCCCCUUCACCUUUCAGCCAGUCAUGUACCCUCUGACAUCUACCAAAUUUAGCCGUUAGCUCCUGGUAGCUGGAGCAACACCAGUGCCAGUGUUAUUCAGCAGUGAAUAAACACAGUACACAGGCAUUAAUGAAACUUCUGUAGCUUUUAAGCCUGAGCUUAAAUGCACCCUCUGUACAGUUGUCAUGAACGGGAAGGUUAGCUAUAGAGACCAAAAUAGUUUUUUGUACCAGGCUGUAGACAUGUUCAUUUCUGCUUAUGGAAAUUGACUCACUGCUGGAGGCGGCCUCAAGUGGGCGUCAGAGGAACUGCAGAUUUUGGCACUUCCAUAUUUGCUUCAUUUGCAGUCCUGGAGGUUGCUGUUUGGUGCUAUCUGCUGAAUCUGGCAGCAGCUGUUGAGCCUGCUUCCAGGAGCAGAUGAGAGGACAGUGACAACACCGCUGUCAUGUGAUGUGAUCCUAUGAAAUACAAAGUAAGAAGAGUAGUAGUAAGAGUAAAAGUGUCCCUCAAUGUUCACAGUUCCCUCAACCUCGGUCUACUUUAGUUAGAAAUUUUAUUUCCCAGAAUGCUUUUCAACAACUUCUACAGAAUAAGGAUUAUUACUUCAAGUUAAAGUGGCACAAACAGUGUUGCAGACCCAUGUGAACCUGUGAUACACAGGUUCACAUGGGUCUACGUGUAUGUGUCUAUGUGUAUGUGUAUGUAAAUGAUGACCUGCCUUAACCAACAUCCUAUAUAAUGUAAAAUAUACUCGAAAGUGGCUCCUCUCUUUUCUUUUGUGGCUUUACAGCAAUAAGCCAGUUCUUUCAGUCACUACAGAUGCAAACAAGCUACAGAAGUACUAACCAAACAAAACACCAGCAGUAAUCUGCUGCCUGCUUCCAAGGCGGAUUCCUCCAUUUGAGAGAAAAAUUAACCUUGCUGGGUUUUUUUGCAUUGAACAACUGACCCUGAAGCUACUGCUGCCUUCUUUUGGCUCCUUCUUAUUCUCUUUUCAUGCCCUUUUUAUUUGCUGUGUGUCUGUUUUUAAUAUUGAGCAAGAAGUAGUGACACAGUUUGCCACCAACACUGGACACCACAUGGUUACACCGGCACUAAUCCUAUCUGUAAUUAUAUUUUGUAAAUAGACUUUUGAAAAUGAUUUGCUUCUAACUGAUCGAUAUCUUUUAAAUGAUUAAUGAUUUUGUUUGUUUUAAAAACUUUUUUAAGAUUAAAAAAAAAAACCAUAAA